GCUUCCUGUGCACCCCUUUCUCCAUCACCAACCUUUGCUCUCCCUUCUUUCCCUUCCCUGGCUGGGCCUUCCCACUAGACCAAUUGAUGGAUCGAUGCAUAUGCACAUCAGUGGGAAUGGACACCGUGCUGAGCUGAGCUUAUAUCAACAGCGUUCGUAUACCUAUUACCUAGUCACUUCCAAUAUAGUCGAUCUCAUAUUUCUCAUGUGAAAGAGGAAGAGGAGAGCGCUCGACCAAGGAGUAGAAGCAACUGUAGUACCAGAUCAAGAAGUAGAUCUUGCUAGCUAGGAACAUAUAAAGUACUCAAGUGCAGGCAGCUACUAGCGCUACUGCACUCGCCAAUGUUGCCUUACCACCCUAACCCUCACGGCUUCUGGAUCUCCCGAGAACCGCCCGCGCAGGUGCCAAACCCUGCCAGCGGCUUCGCCAUGGCGCCUCCCGCGCAUCUGGACCAUCAGAUUCAGCACUACGACCACUUCUUCCCCGGCCACGGCAACCAGUUCAACUCCGAGACGCUGGAGGCGGUGCUCAUGAGGCCACGUCCGCCGGCUCCUCCUCUGGUGGAGAUGCCGCCGGCGAACGAGGCAAGAACCGGCGCAGUGCAGGCCGCCGGCACCGGACACGCCAGGGCCAGGAAGAGGCCGUUCAGGACGGACCGGCACAGCAAGAUCCGGACGGCGCAGGGCGUCCGGGACCGCCGGAUGCGGCUCUCCCUCGACGUCGCGCGUGACUUCUUCGCGCUGCAGGACCAGCUUGGCUUUGACAAGGCCAGCAAGACGGUGGACUGGCUGCUCACCCAGUCCAAGCCAGCCAUCGACCGCCUAUCCGAGUCCUCUCGGCUCAACGCCGCUAGAGCGGGAGAAGAUGGCAUGUCGUCGCUAUCAUCGGUGGAGCGUGAAGGCCGCCGGCUCAAGGAGACGGAGCUGGCUGCCGGGUCGGGAAAGGGGGCAGCCGAUGCGGAGAAAGCGAUGAAGGCGAGGGGUGGUGGAACGUCGGUGCUCAUGGAGCACAGACGCGAGAACGGCGGCCUCAUGUCGGCUUCGAUGACUGGUGGGGAGUACUACGACCUCGGCGAGAUGAUGUGCAUCAACGCAGGAGAAUGCGACGACGAUGGCGAUUACGACGAAGACGGUGAUUUCUUGGACGGUAUGCAAUACUAGUUCCAGCCUUCCAGGUACUAGCGAUCGAGCAGCUUAAUUAGGUCUUGAUCUGCCGAGCGCAUCAUUGUCUUAGUUAAUUAUAUUGCAUGUGUACGGAUCUACUACUCUCUUGG